AUUCGUGCCUCUACUCUCUGGUGCCACUGCUAUUUGUUUAUAAUUUACACUGGUUAAUCUUUCAAAACAGAUCGAGACAUUGUUGAACAUGGCGGCUGAAAUAAAGCCUGCUACAGUUAGUUCUAGCGAUAAAUUUAACAGUAAUAAAAAGCCUGUUCUCCUGUCAAAAUUAGAAGGAUGCAGUGAUGAUAUUAAUGCUGCAAUUAUAAUUCCAGGCGAAGAUGGUGUUGUUAGUAUCAGUGAUGAUCGGACUGUUCGAGUGUGGUUGAAGCGAGACUCUGGCCAGUACUGGCCCAGCAUAUGCCACUACAUGCCGGUUGCCGCGACUGCCCUGUGCUACUGUGCAGAGACCAGGCACUUGUUUGUGGGAAUGGAAAUUGGCGGCAUAUCUGAGUUCACGCUGGCCGCAGACCUGAACCGCAUGGCCCAUGUGUGCAACUACCCGGCGCACCAGGCCCGUGUCACCGGCAUACACUUUGCCCUGAACUGCGAGUGGGUGCUGAGUGUGGGGCGGGACAAGCAGUUCCAGUACCACUGCUCGGAGAGCGGGCGCCGCCUCGGGGACUACACCAGCGAGGGCUGGUGCACAGCUGUUCAAUUUGAUUCACAGUCGAAGCAUGCGUUUGUGGGGGACUACUCUGGCCAGAUUGCAAUGCUGAAACUGGAGAACGGCGGAGUGCAGCUCAUAACGACCUUGAAGGGACACAGUGGCAGUGUGAGAUCUCUGUCCUGGGACUCUGACAGGCAGCUGUUGUUUUCCGGCAGUUUCGACCAGAGCGUCAUAGUGUGGGACAUCGGGGGACAGCAAGGGACGGCUUACGAGCUACAGGGCCAUCAUAACAAAGUAUCGGCACUCUGCAGUGCAGGCUUGCAUCAGCUUCUGAUCUCAGGAGGAGAAGACUCAUGUAUUAUAUUCUGGGAUAUGUCCCAGCCAAGGAAAGAGACCCCGGAGUGGCACGAGUCGGACAGCUGCCAGCGCUGUGGGCGACCCUUCUUCUGGAACCUGCGGGCGAUGAUGGACCAGAGGCAGCUGGGCCUCAGGCAGCACCACUGCCGCUUCUGCGGCCGGGCCGUGUGUGACAAGUGCAGCGCCGGCCGCGCCACCAUCCCCGUCAUGGGCUUCGAGUUCGAGGUGCGGGUGUGUGAGCCCUGCCUCGCCGAGCUCAAGGACAUGGACCACACACCUAUGGCGAUAUUCCACGAUGCCAAACAUAGCAUUGUGUACAUGGAUUUGGAUGAACCUCGGAAGCGGCUUCUUACCGUCGGCCAAGACCGCCUGAUCAAGAUAUGGGACAUCUCAGCCCUGUUCCAGUGAAGACUGAAUCAUCGAAGUUCUCCACCCUUGUGAUAGGAUAGACACAAGUAACAUGCUGGCUGUAUGUUAAUGUGCGUGGGUGUGCGUGAGUAUGAUGGUAACGUUUUCCUCGUGUGUUCCGUGGUGCUGUCAUUUCGGAUAUUUGCAAGUUUUGUGUUGCCAUAGUUGCAUGCAUCAUCCACAGAAAAUUUAAGUUCUGUUGCAUAGGGGAUUAAAAUUUGUAUUUUUUUCUGUACUGUAUGUACUCAAAUGUAAGAAAAUUAUAUUUUACUAAACAAAGGUGUUUCAAAAUUCUCCACUUGUGGUGCUGUUGGAAUCACACUAGAUGUUUUCCAACUCACAUCUUUAGUUCAUGGUACCUAUUUACUGCACUGUGCACUGUGCACUUGAAUAGGUUCUUUAAAUACAGUUUAAAACUGUAACUACCUUAUUAUUGUGUUAGUGAAAAAAUGUUGAAGCAAUACAUACUUUUUUUUUGUUCUGUAACUUUAGAUAUUGUAUUUAUAAAAUAUUUAAUAUAUUUCACUAUCUUAAUGAAUUUAAAUGCUUUAAAUAAUUUCUUUAUCAAAGUUAAAUGCUUGAAUGUAUGUAUGUCUUGUCUGGCAUUCGAAUCAUGUUGAAUUCGAGUACCUAGGUGCAGUUUUUAUUCCUCUGUAUUACUAGUACAGACAACAAGCAUCUAAUAUUUCCAUGGAUUACCUUAAAAUGGGUAAAGUAUCUGCUCCAGUAAAAUAUUUACUGUCAAUGAGGUGAUAAAUGCAAUUAUGGUAACGUUUCAUGUAAUAAUGUUCUACACUAGAGAAAUCACAUUAUUUUUGAUUCAUUAGGCUAUUGUGACUUGUUAGCUUUACUGUAGAGUAUUUAAUUUUUAUUCCAUUGUCACUUGGUUUGUAUGUUUAAGACUGAAAAUACAUUAUACUGGUUGCAUGUGAAUAAAUAAUUGUAAUAUAUAGUGUGCAGGUUUAUAUUUGUCUUAAAAAAAGUAUAGUUUGAAAAUGCUUGUCAUGAUUGUAAUUUUCGCUUCCUAAUAUAUUCUUUACUAAAAUUAUGUAUUAAUGUUUGGUUUUAUUUUCUAUAUAUCAAGAAACAAUUCAUGAGUUAAGUCUUGAUCAUUUCUGAAUUAAUUUAAUUAGAGGAUCAGCUCAAUAGAAAGAAAAUUUAAAAAUGAAUACGGUGAGACCAUGUUAUAACAUUUGUUUACAUUUUCCUGCUUGUAAAUCUUGCUGUAGUUUACCCCAGAUUAAUUUCUUUCUGGAAUUUAACAAGGUUCAAAGUUUUCAUUUGUUUGAAGUUGUGCAUCACUUCAGAUUAAUGAUUCCACUACACAUUUUCUUCAUAAAAAAUUAUUUCCAUCCACAGUUUUUAUGAAUAAUGUACAUUAUAAAGUGCUUUGUUCUGGAAAUACUCAAAUGGACUUUUUGACAGAUUGUUAAUAUCAUCCUGCGUGUGGGAAUCUCUAAGUUAUUGAGUGAGAUGUUGCUAAUUUUUUUGUUGUUUGCUUGCUGCUGUAAUGAACAACUUGAAAUUGGGUUGAUCCUAGUAGUUCAAAUAAUGGCCGGUGGAAGCGCCACUGUCGGCUUUGGAACACAGAAUGUAAAUAAACAGUUGUUAAUGAAAUAAUUUGUAUUAAAGAGUUGUCAUGGACAAAAUUGUCAUUUGAUUUGAAUUCUUUCAAUGUUAGAUAUCAUUUAAGCUUUGUCAGUCAAUUGACAGCGACAUGCAGGAAGGAAAUUUUUGUGAAAGCCUAUUGCUAGCAAAACAAAGUAAAAUAUUAAAAUGCCAGAUUUAUUUAUUUAUUUUUUUCAUUCAUUGUGCAUUUGCAGGCACACAUACAAUUUUAUAAUAACGUAAUUCAAAAGUCAAUCUGUUCAAAAAUGGUAUUUAAACUGUGAACAUGUUGAAAUGGUAGUAAUAAUUCAAAUUGCUUCAACAUUGAACUCAGAAAUACCAUUUUCAGACUUGUGUCUAUUUUUACGUAAAAGCAGCUUCACUCCAAAAUUACAGCUUCUAGGCUAUAUUGCAGGUGUUGACGUGUACAAUUUUCAUGAUUUAGUUAUGAGUUUUUAUGUGGUUCAUGCGCUGCAUAAUUUGAUACAGAAAAAUGAAAAUGUAUAAUUUUUCAGACUUACUUGAUACAUUUGGUUUGUCUGUUACCAAGUUGUGUUAUAAUUAUAUAAUUAGGUAGUACUGGCUGUUAGGUUUAAGCUGCCGGUUCAAAUGCUUGGUUUUAAUCUUAGUUUUAGUGUUUAUUUCUCAAUUUAAAUGUAAAUAUGUAGCUCAUAGAAACAUGAAACUAUCUUUAUUCAGUAAAUAGUUCUCAGACAUAAUUAUUUUUAAUAUUCUAGGACUACUUACAUUUGAUGUGUAGCCAAGUUUUCUGGUGGGAAGGGGUGGUGUGGUUCAGUUUCCUUGAAGAUCUGAUAGUAAAAGGAACUGUCUUUAAAAAUAUUUUUCUGGAAUCUGCAGUGACAAAGUGUUUUGAGCAUACACACACGUGCGCUAAUUUUUUUUUUUAUAUAAAGAAAAGGUGUGAAACGCUAGUUUAGGCAUAAAAAUACAAACUCUUUAACAAAGAGGGUUGGAAAAAAUCUUGCACUAUGAUUUAAGUGCUCUAAUGGGAGAGUAUUAAAUGGUUUCAUGUGGCCACAUGCAGCAUUAGGCAGCGACUGUUGUGUCCCACAGAUCCUCCCCUUUUCACGUCUAUCACGUGACACCGUGCAUCAGAGGGUGGGUACCUCUGAUCGUCCAUUAAUGGUGCUUCUGAGAAUUUUGUUGUGGGCUAGGCCUCUGUGGAGUCUUAAGUUUCCAGUUUGCAUGUAAUAUGAAGAUAAUUAUUUAAAUGAUUGCUCACUUAGAGCAAAUUAAGAAUUCUUGAAUGAUCACAAAAAAAAAGAGAAAUUUUGUAUAUAUGACUUAUUUAAAAUAUAAUGGAAUACACUUUCUUGCGAUUAAUAAAAUUGUCAAAUAUGUUUGAACUAUACAUAUUAAAAAUGACAAAUGAGUAACAAUGAAAUUUGAAAUUUUUUUGUUCCUCUGAACCAAAGGAUGAAAGAAAAUAAACUGAGUAGGAAUUUAACUUGAUAAUGUUAUAGUUGGUUACCACCAUAUUCUGGUACAAGAAACUUGUCAACAGUGAACCUUGACAAAAAAUUUUUAGUCAUGCUGUGCACCAUUAAAUAGAAUGAAAAACAAAACCAUUAUGGUAAAAUGUGUGGCAGGUGCUUCUAUUUACAACCACCUUCUUUACUGGCCGAAUACCAAAGAGAUGAUGAUACAUGAGAUCUCUACUCAUAGAAAGUACAAUCUGUCACUAACGAAGGCUCACACGCCACUGAUGUAAGGCGAAGGUUGCUUACGCCGGCUGGUUAGUUGGAAGGGAAGAAUCACUGCAGCAUCUCAGCACUAGCAUCCAUUAUUGGAUUACAUGGUGCGCAAAUUUGAAUUUGCAGAUUAGAAUGCUUUCGGUUAUCCAAUGCUCUACUGUAUACCCGAACAUGACUAGGCACAGUAUUUUUAAAGCUAAAAUAAACUAGUUCAGCUCUAAAUUACUUUCUCCCUAAUAGUGCAAACAUGUGUGCUAAAUAAAAAAAAUGAGGGCAGCAAUUUUAAAGUACAAAAAUAAAAGUUGUUUCUUCUCAGUUUCUUGUCAACUAGAUAUUUGUGUCUGUUAUCAAUGGUAUAAAUAUUACCAAAAAAUGGUAUUCCACUCAAAUACGUUUUCCUUCAAUGUUUAAUGUCUAUGCAUUCCAAAAUUUGUUUAUUCUGUAAUUGUUUCCAGAACCAAACACAUGUUGACACUAUUCACUUCAGUACAAUAAUUGAUUUACUUUUGAAUGAACAUUUUUGGGAUCUAAUUUCAUAAUCUUACGACCACAUACAAAAGGCAUUCUCACGAGCCUAGUGAACUGUUUAGCAUGCGUUGAGCAAAGUGAAACGUUUACAUUUUUGUAAACAUAAACAAGUUUAUUUCACCCUGAAUCUAAUUGUAAUGUAAAUAGUGGAACUACUGUUCUUGAUAUGCUGACAUUCUAAUUUGGUGUAAAACAGUUUUUGAACUUUUUUGUUUUGUUUGAUUUAUAAACUUUAUUCAGAAACAACAUGGACUUUCAUUUUGGGGACACUGGGUACAGAACCACCUUUCCUAUUAUUUUCUUUCAAAUUCUUUCCUUUUGUUGUUGUGAAUGUGAAAUUUUUAUAGAUUUUUUAGGAUUUCAGGAGGGAUAUAUACAUUAUUUCUUCCCCUUGCAUACACCCCUGAGUGUAGGUUAGAAAACUGUAAGGUUCUGAAGUUUCAUGUAGGUCUAUGCCUGUCUCAAAUGUACUGUAAAUUCUCUGUAUGUACUUGGGGAUGUGUGUUGUUACUGUGCAUUAGUAGACUGUGUAUGUCAAUAGUUUUUUUUUUGUUGUUGGCAUCCAGCAUGUUUAGGAUAAUGUAAUCUUGUUUUCCAGUUUACAACGAAUUUAGAUUUUGCUAAUCAUGAACUUUUGUAACAUGUAUGGUAUCUGCAAAAUGUGUUUUCGCAGUUGAAAUACAAGGAAAAAAAUUAUAUGUUUGGUUAAUAUUAGCUUAAUUCAUUCUCAUAUCAAUGCUAUACGGUAGAAUCUCGUUAUAAAGUACAUCAAUAAAGCCUCAACUUUCAUACUUAGUAGUGAAAGUACUUUAUUCUGAAAGUCUAUAUAUUUACCUUUAAAAUGUAGUAUUUUUAAAUUUUUAAAAAUAAAGUAGUAGGGGAUCAAAUGAUACAUUAGCUUGGAAGCAAAUAUUUGUAAAACAACAAGAAUUAAAAAAAAAAUUACUGAACUUAAUUCAGUAGCCUAAAUUCUAGGCCUACAUGUACAAAAUUUAUAUCUGUCGAACACAAAAUGACAAAUGGGUUAAACUAUUUUGCAGAUAUAUACAUUUAUGGAGAUAGAAUUCUUAACGAUUCUUGUAAGGGAUAAAAAUUAAUAAUAAUGUACAUUUAUAUUAAAGAACCCCUGCACAAACACAGUAACAAUUAUGUAUGUAAAAUUUUCCUGAUAACUGGAAAAGAAUGGUCGCUGUAUUGAAAGGUAGGAUACGUUUUUAAUGUUAAAGUGAAAUAUUUUUACAUUGUUUACAUUGGUGUUUUGAGCGUGAAUUUAAAACAUACGUUGAACUGAAAGAUACAUUAUUCUGAAGUACGUUGUAAUGGAAUUUCACUGUACAUCAUUCUCACCACAUGUGCAUGAUUAAGCUUAAUGGUUAAUAUCUGUUUUGUAUCGAUUUAAACUUGGGGAUGUUUUGAAAUUAACUUCACUCUAUACUGAUUGUCAAUUGUGAAAUUAAUUAGCCUCAAUUCUAGUUAAUACUCCAUAACACUUCAAAUAAUGAUGAUCAUAGAGUGUAGAACAAAUUUUACAUAAUGAAAAAAACUAAAAUAAAGUCAAAUAAUUUUAAUGUGAAGUAAUUGAAUAAAAAAAUUUUUUUUCCAAAAUAAUAUAUAUAAAUUUCUACAGGUAACUAACUCAACUGCUGUAAGUAAUCUUACUCUCCAUUUUUACUGCAUUUAGUUAAUUACCUACCUAAUUUGUAAAUAAACAUGUGAAGAUGUGCUGUACAUUGUAUUGAUGGAGCUGUGCAAACUGGUUUUUUUAUUUGUUCCAGCUGAUAAUUUACCACAAAUUACUAGAACCAAAUUUUUGAGAUAUCAAACAGGCCUAGGUCUAACUGCAUUAAAAUUUUUAUUUUGUUAAUACUUAUAACAGUUUUAUAAUAAGUCUUAACUUUUACACCAAAAUAUUUUUUUCAACAGAAUCAACAAAGUACAUAUAUUUAAAAUAUUUCACAAAUACUUGGAUUCGAAAAAUCAAAUCUAUUCAUUCUACUAAUUUUGUAUUCGGAAUAAGGAUAAUUUUUUUUAUUAAAUAUAAUACGGAUAGCACAAUUCUUUUGUGGCACAGAUAAUGGGCACUUGCUUCAAGAUUUAUCUUUUGCUUUUUGAAGCAACAUGACAUGAAAGAAAGUCCAGAAUUAUACCACUUCACUCAAUGUUAUUGGUAAGUAAACAUUUAAAAAUGUUAAAAAAAAAAAAAAAAGGUGUUUUUUAAUAUAGAAGAACCACAUCUUCUAUAUUAGAUUAUUCUUUCAAAAAUUACAUAGUAUAAUUGGUUAAGACCACCACUGUUUGCACAUGAGGAAAAUAGUAUCUUCAACAUUGUUUAUGACAGUUUCUUGCAUAUCAUAAAAUUUUAUUUUUAUUCUUCAAUGUUUUGAGUAUUAUUAUAUAUUUUUUUGGCCUACUGUCUCAUGUGCACAAACUGGUUUCUUGAUGUGCAAGUGGAAUGAACGUGCUGUUUCCGAAUAACUCAGCCUGAAGGAUCCUUGAGAAAUGCAUAUAAAAGGAUAUCAGUCAUUGUCAGCCAUUUGUUCGUCAUCCGAUAGUUGCAAGGACCUUACAGAAUCACCGAUUUCGUUUAGGGACAUAUUACCCGUGUACUUUGGUGCAUCUCUGGGGCCUUGCAGGUGUUUGUGACACUAUAUUUGGUAGAAAUGUAAAAAAAUUCUUGUUUAGCCAGCGAACUGCUGUCUAAACCCUUCGAUGUUUCUUAAUACUGUCAAAUAAUUAACUUGUACAUGUAAAAUUUGAAAAUUUACCUUAAAAUGAAUGUGUUAAAAUUUGUAAAUUUAAAUGACUGCUGAAAAAGCAUUUCUUUGUUACCAAGUUGUGUUGGCUUCAAAAGAUUUACAAUACCCUUUUACGCUAGUCUCUCUAAAUGCAGCCGUGAAAUAAAAUAAUCCUUAGAUUAAGGCUAAAUUGCUAAAGUGCACGUCUUUACUAUUCGGAAUCAGCAAGUGAUUACCUAAUAUUUUCUCAGUUUGUUUUCUUUUUGGCUAAGCCAGGUUAGGUAGUGGUGGUCUACUGAGUGUUACAACAAUGGGAUAGUAAAUAAAAACAGGCCCCACAAAUUGUGCUUGUAAUAUUUAACUAUUUAAAUAAAAUUACUCAUUUAUUUUUGAACCUUGAUAUCUGGAUUUGGAUUCAAGGGAUAAAUUAGAGGUCCUGUUUGUGAUUCUAAUUGGAGAUUUGUCUUCUAGAAAUUUGGGAACUGACCUAUCAGUAAUUAUGUAUUGACUUUAUAAACAGUAUUACCAUCAUUCAUUUUUACACCGUAAUUGUCAGUUCUCUACAUUACAUCCAAUAUUUUAUAAAUUAUUCCAGGUUUCUUACACUAAAUUAAUGUUGCAUCCGUGCAUGUAAUGGGGAGUUUGUUAAUUUGUUAUAAUAUGGCAUAAAGUGUGCAUUAUUUAUUCAACAUACCAUCUUAAUGUUGAAGUACAGCACAAUUUAAAAAUUUAGCCAGACAGGAAACAAUAGGUAAUGAUAAGCUGACAUAGCAUUCUGUGGUUAAUAGACUGAAUUAGAGCUUUUGUUAAUUUUGCCGAUCAUUAUGAUCAGCAAAAUGUAGCCGAUUAUUUGAGCUGAUCAUUGGUCUCCUACUGCAAACUUAUAACAUUGAAUAAUUAGGUACCUAUACCUAACAACUUUCCAUGUUUGUUUACGGUACUUUUCGGGAAGAAAAUUCAAUUAUUCAUUGAAAAAUAAUAGGAUUUAAUAAUUUAAAACUAACCACACACUAAAAAAAAAUAUACCAAUAAAGUAAACAAAUAGCGUGAGUUUUAUAAACAUUCAACAGUUACAUACCUAAGUAUCAAUUUCCACGUAUAUUUACGAUACUUUUGGUAAAAUAAUUUUCCAUUAUACUAUUUGCAAAGUUAUUUAUCAUUUACGAACCGAAAACUAUGUAUUUGUUUACCAUUUACGGCGACUGUUGUUUAGGUUGGUUAUGUGACGCCAGAGAAUAGAGUAACGCGCGUCGCGCGACGAAAUUCGUACGGAUUAAUGGCACUAGUAGUCUCGUGGUUAGUAAACAUCUACCUCUUCCAGAAUUCAUCUAUUUAGUUUUUUCUCGCUAAAUAUGGCCUAUUGAAAGUUUUGUUUAGCGAAAUUAAUAUUCUUAUCCUGUUUAGCAGGAAAUAGAGCUUAUUUUUCUUUUGUAUAAAAACCUGGUUGAUGAAGAGGUUUGUUCCCCAUUUAGUGGUUUUAGUAUUCACAAAUUAACUUACAAUCGGGCAUUAUUGAAAGUUUGUUAGCGGCACUGGGGGGAAGGAUGGGCAAUAAAAUUAUCAUCGCUGACGUCUACCGGCACACACAGAUCACAGAAUGACGGAGUUGUGAUUAGGUGAAGAUUUGGUUUGACCUUAUUACAUUUUAACGCAGUUAAUUGUGUGUGCGUGUGUGUGGUGAUUUAUAAGUAAUCAUGUCAAUGAAAAGUAUUUUUGUCUGGGAAUAUUUCACUGUUUAUAGUGAUCCAUCAAAAGCAAUGUGUAAUCAGAGGCAGUAGCGGAUCCAGAGGCUAAGGGGCUCAAGCCCCCUCCAAAAGCAUCUAGGUCCACUAUUGUUUUAGUGUUUGCCUUGAUAAAGCCUAGCCUCAGCUGAGUCAAGCCCCUCCCAAACCAAAAUCCUGGAUCCGCCACUGAUCAGAGGUACUUGAAAGGCUCUAAUCGGCUCAGAAGAUUGGCAAGAUCGGCAUCGGCAUGAUCGGCAAAAUAGGUGAUCGGCCCAGCUCUAGACUGAAUAUUAUCAAAGUUGCAGAAAAAAGUUGUUUGGGCAGGGAAGGGGUACAAGUACAGUACAUCAUAUUGUGUUGCAUACAUGAAGUAACAAGUGGGUGAGAGAAUGUUUUCAAAAUGCUUGUAUGCUUGUAUGCUUGUAUGCUUGUAUACUUGUAGCAAGUGUGUUGACUGCAACCUCCCCCAUCUUCUCUCUCUCCUUUCUAUCCCCAAGCAGCAGGAAGUCAUUUUUUUGAGAGCCAUGGGAAAAUGGUUAGGUUGGUUUGCACUGCUGUUUCUUGAGCCAUCUCACAGGUAACAGUUUCUCCAUUCAGUCAUGCAGACAUGCAUAAAAUUGGCAUUAGAAUAUUAGUUACAUAUUUCUGGUGUUAUGAUUUUGUGUUCCUCUAAGAUUUCCAGCAAUGAAUGAGUCUUACUCCAAAACUUUUCCCAAAAUUAAAAUGUUAUAGUUAUUCACAUCAACUUCAAUUAUUAGUCAGAAAAUAAAUUAAUAAUUAUUGUUAUGGGAUGAUUACAUUUAUAUAAAACUAUUUAAUUCUGUGUGUUCUUAUUAUAAAUAUGUAUAUACAUUUUAUGUUUGCCAGAUUAUCUGAGAAAUAUAUUUAUAAAAGUGUUGUUGAAGUAUGUAAAUUAUAGCUGUAGAAACACCACCAAAACUUUCUAUAGCAUAUCAUUAUUGGAUGUGUGUUGAAUAUGCAUGUAGGUCAUGUUAAAUUGUGAAACCUAGAUUAUUUGCACUAUGUACCUAGGUAAAGUUUGCAAUGAAAACAAAUGAUACAGAAUUGUAUUUUAUUAUGUAAUACCAUAGUUUAUAGAGUAUAAAUCUAAAUGUGUAUUAGUAGCAACUAAGAUGUUGUAUAUAUUUUGAGGCCAUUUAUUUAUAUUUAUAAUGUAUGUUUUCUUCUGAAUUUUUAGACUUGUGUAACACACAUUUUUUUUCUUACUAAGUACUCAGGAUCUGGAAUGAAGUGGUGUCCAGCUUGAAUAACAUUGCUAAGACUUGUAGAAAUAUUAUAUAUUUUUAGAGGAA